AACGAGACUCGCAACUCUCGCGAUAACUCAUUUUCAAACUGUUUAUUGUGACCCAGAUUAAAUGGCUAACCGAGAGUUAGCAUGAUAACCACUGCGACUGUACGGGUAUUAGUGGUGGAUGGGCUCGUUUUGUAUCGUCGCGACCACCCGGACUGUUGCUAGAGUAAACGACACGCAGGCAUUCGCAGGAUAGACUCGAUAACCCACAGCACGAUGUCGGCUUUAGCCAUGAAACCAAGUUAGCAUUAGCAUCGGAGCUGUGGCCAGUGCUCGGGGACAUCAGAGGAUUCGCGUUAGCAACAGUGUCUGUGCCGUAGCAACUGCAGACGCUUGUUUCCAUCACCGACAAACAGCGGAGCUUUUCCUCCAGCGAGGGGUCAAGAGGGAUUUAUCCACAAUGAGACUGAAAACGUCUUUGUUGAAGGAAUCCAAACAUAAGGAACUUGUGAGCUGUGUCGGCUGGACCACAGCAGAUGAACUGUAUUCGUGCAGCGAGGACCACCAGCUCCUCAAGUGGAACCUGCUGACCAGUGAGACCAGUCUGGUUGUCAAAUUGUCUGAUGACAUUUACCCCAUUGACCUACACUGGUUACCCAAAACCACCGGUGGCAAGAGACAACCCCAGGCUGAAAUCUUUGCCCUCACCAGCACCGAUGGAAAGUUCCAUCUGGUCUCCAAGAUAGGACGCAUUGAGAAGAGUGUUGAAGCACACAAAGGAGCUGUUUUGGCUGGAAGAUGGAACAAUGAUGGAACUGCUCUUGUCACAGCUGGAGAAGAUGGGCGGAUCAAGAUCUGGUCAAAAAGUGGUAUGCUGCGCUCAACACUUGCCAGCCAAGCAACUCCUGUGUAUUCUGUGGCCUGGGGUCCAGACUCAGACCGAGUCCUCUACACCUCAGGGAGACACCUCGUCAUCAAGCCUCUGCAACCCAGUGCAAAAGUCUUACAGUGGAAAGCUCAUGAUGGGGUUAUCCUGAAGGUGGACUGGAAUUCAGUCAAUGACCUGAUACUGUCAGGUGGAGAAGAUUGUAAAUAUAAGGUAUGGGACUGCUUUGGCCGUCUGCUUUACUCCUCGUCAGUUCAUGACUACCCGAUCACCUCCCUGUCCUGGGCUCCAGAUGGUGAGGUGUUUGCUGUGGGCUCCUUCAACACCCUGCGGCUCUGUGACAAGACAGGAGUGAGGGACGUGACAAACGAUGCAGUGGACAUAUUGGAAUUCAGAGAUCGAGUCAUCAAAGCUUCGCUGGCAUGUGGUCACCUGGCGGUCGCCACCUCCCUCCAAUGCUAUGUUUACAAUUCAAGAAACUGGAACACUCCCCUCAUCUUUGACCUGAAGGAGGGAACAGUGAGUCUCAUCCUGCAAGCAGAGAAACACUUUCUGCUUGUGGAUGGAGCAGGGUUGUAUGUGUUCUCCUAUGAAGGUCGACUAAUAUCUUCCCCAAAGUUCCCUGGUAUGAGAGCUGACAUCCUAAACGCCCAGGGUGUCUCUCUGAGUAACGACACUAUUGCCAUCCGGGACCAAAGUGAUGAAAAAGUCAUCUUUCUCUUUGAUGCCUUGAGUGGGAAACCCCUCGACGAUGGGAAGCCCUUGACCCACAAGCUGGAGGUGGUGGAGAUCGCUCUGGACCAGUGUGGCCCAUCCACCGAGAGGAAGAUCGCCUUCAUAGACAAGAACCGUGACCUUUACUUGACUUCUGUGCGUCAUCUUGGACGAGAGCCCAAAAUCUGCAAAAUUGGCAGCAUGGUUCACAGUAUGGCUUGGAAUGACACUGCUAACAUCCUGUGUGGAAUCCAAGACAAGCAGUUAACAGUGUGGUACUACCCAAGUGUUGUCUUCACUGACAAGGAGCUGCUGCCAAAAUCACUGUACACUAAAGACUGCAGUGAGUUCAGCCGAGCCCCUCACAUUCUUACCUACGUUGGCACCAAGGUGACAUUACGGCAGGGAGACGGUUCACUGGUAUACAGCAUCGUACCUCCCUACCCAGCCCUGCUUCACGAAUACAGCACCUCUUCACGCUGGGAGGAUGCACUGCGCCUCUGCCGCUUUGCCAAGGACCAAUCUCUAUGGGCGUGUCUGGCUGGUAUGUCAAUGGCCAACAGGGAGCUGACCACAGCAGAGCUGGCCUACGCUGCCAUUCGAGAGUUACCAAGAGUGCGGUACAUCAAAUUCAUAAAGACGCAGCCAUCGAAGGAGUCAUCCUUGGCCCACAUGCUUUUGUUCAGUGGUCUCAUCCAGGAGGCCGAGACCACUCUGUUACAAGCCGGACUCAUCUACCAGGCCAUACAAGUCAACAUUAACCUUUUCAACUGGGAGAGGGCCCUGGAGUUGGCUGUCAAACACAAGACCCAUGUGGACACUGUGCUGGCCUAUAGGGAGAAGUUCCUACAGAAAUUUGGAAGGAAGGAGACCAAUAAGAGAUUCCUACAGUACGCCGGAGGGGUUGAGGUGAACUGGGAGAAAAUCCAGGCGAAGAUCGAGAUGGAGUUGUCCAAAGAAAGGGAGAAAGCUGCGAAUGCCUCUGUGAGGAGCAGCGUGGCAGCAAGGCGUUAAUGUCUCUCUCUCUCUCUCUCUCUCUCUCUCUCUCUCUCUCUCUCUCUCUCUCUCUCUCUCUCUCUCUCUCUCUCUCUCAAGUGCCUUGAGAUGUAUGUUCACCUAUACUCAUGGAUUAGAUUUGGGUGGUUAAUGUCUCGGAGGCCUCAGAAAGAUUGAUUCGAUUUCAGUGGUCAAAGGUCACACGGACUUCAUAUGAGUCUGGAACAAACUGUGUGUAGACUGAAACUGCACUGCUUGGUGGAGGCAUAUAACCCCACUGCAGUUAUUUUAGUUAUGUCACUGAUAUUUAAUUGUUGUGUUUUAUAUGAAAAUAGUUUUUAUAGUUAAUGUAUUCAUUGUUUCCUUCUGUAAUGAGUAAAAAGAAUCUAUUAAUAAAACAGAUACAAGUAUG